AAAACUGUAACAGUCUGUGUGUGGCUGAACCCCGGCAUCCUUUUCCUAAAAUCGUCCGCCGGUUUUUGAAAUUCAAGCUAAGCUACAUUAGCACCGCAGUACAAACACACAGUCGCAUAUUUGAAGACAAACUCGCAACGUAGGGAAGAUUAAAUCAGUCCAGUUUUAGUUUCCUGGGAAUCACCAUCAACGAGAACCUAUCAUGGCCAUCAUACAUCACCACCCUGGUAGGAAAAGAUAGCAAAGAAAAGGCUUUACUUCCUAAGGAAAUCUAAGAAAGAGACAGAUUCUUGUCAACCUUUACAGGGGAGCAACAGAAAGCAUCCUGUGUGGAAACAUCAAACUGGACAGGAAGGUUCCACAGCAGAUUUAAACCACCCAGAACAUCACCGGUAUCCAUCUACAAAGCAUCAGUGACACUGUUUAAGUGAGAUGUCUGCACAGAGCUCAGAGAAUACUAAAAGACGACACCCAUCUCAGCCACAGUCUGUUCACCCUGCUGCCACCUGACAAAAGAUACAGAGAGAAAAUUGCAUAGAAGCCCAUUUUCUGAAGGGAACCCCUGCAGGAUAAGCAGCUGAAGUGUUUAUCACCACCUCUUAAAUAUACCCACAAAUAAAGGUUCAUCAUGAAGAUGCUGUCUGAACUCUUGGUCAUCUGCCUGCUUGGAGUGCUGCAUGCAAACGCUCUGCCUGAAGAGAUGAGAAGAGAAAAUCCAGUAGCACAAGGACAGAAACAUGCACAGAUAAAACGUGGAAAUGAAGACGUGCAGCGUGUUGUGAGGCGAUACGUUGAGUCAACCAUCGCCAGUGAAAUCAGCCAAAUCAUGGAUUUAAUACAGCAGAGAAACUUUGUCAACUACUUGCUCAGCCAGAGGGUGGGUGAAAAACGCAAGUCUGCCACUGGAGGGGAACAUCCAAAACGACGUCUGUACAGCAACCUGCUGACACUCAGUCUGCAGGAGAAGCAGAAGAGACACGUUUAGCUGUUUUCACUCAUUCAGAUUGUAUUAACAUAACUGUAUUUAAUUAGCAUGUCUCACAUACUGCUCCUAGACAGAUUAACAGGCUGU